CAAGAAACCUCCUUCCCUCUCCCGUCUCGAUUUCUUCUCUUUGUACCCAAAUCUCCGCCAUAAAUUCACACAGCAAGCGACUGAUCAAAGCAUAGCAGAAGAGCAAGAAGAAAAGGAAUGGAGGAAGAGCCUGUUCCUUCGUCAGCUUCUUCUUCUUCUUCUUUCCUUCUCAAAGACAUCUCAAAUUUCAAAACCCCCAAACGCACUUCAAAGAAUUCGAAUUUCCACUCCCCGUGCCCUCAGUUCUUCACUGCUUCAAAGCAAACUCCGAGGUCGUCCUCCUCAUUUCGCCCCCGCUCUCGACCAUCCCUUGCCCUGUCCUCUUCCCGCUCUCGAACCGCCGCCUCCUCCGCCGCUGCUCGGAAGCUCAAAGCCUUCGAGCUCGAGCAAUGUCAGUCCGCUCGCAAGGAACAAGCCAGAAAAGAACAAUCUCUCAAGUCAUUAUCGAAGUCCCUCACCGUUUGGCUCAAUUUCCUUUACCGAAAUCCUAAGUCUUGCGGCUGUGAUGUCUCUAUCAGCGGCGAGGAUAACAAUGUUGUUCGUGUGGACAGUGCCUGGAGAAGCCCGAAAAGGAUGAGAGAGUUGUGGUGGAGAGGGGAGGAAUCGGAGAACGUGGCUGCGGAUAUUUCUGGUUCAAAGUAUUCGGCUUUGAGGUUUUCGUUGAAGGAAGUUUGUAGUUUCGAUGAUUUGAAGCAGCGGAUGCGGAUUUAUUUGAGUUUGGGGAGUUGCAAGGAGAUUUUCAACGUCAUGACUCAAGUCGUCAAGAAUAUAGAUGAAGGGAGGUUAAAAAUGAAGUCACAUUGUCCUAUAGUUACAGAUGUUGGAAUGAAGCAAAAGGCUUCUAAAAUUCUUAUGUCUUACAACCCAAUUUGGCUCCGAAUUGGGUUGUACAUUGUUUUUGGUGGUGAGUCCUUGUUAUCAUCUGAGGAAGAUAUUAGUUCCGAGCAAGAUAUUUCGUUUUUGAAGAUGGUAAUUGACAAGCAAUUUUUCUCACAUUCUGGACUUGCGAAGGCGUAUGCAUAUAACAAGAAGGUUGAAGGUUUGUACAGACCGGGAUACUAUGAGAAUUUGGGAAAUGUUAUAUUGAAGAGAAUUUUGUUGCUUGUUCUUAUCCUCGAUCAAGCCAAAUCCCAGACCAGUCUUCCCCUCAAGUAUGGUGUUGAUGGAGUGGACGGGGGUUCUCCUCUUUUAUUCACAGUUUCAUCUGGUAUAAAAUCAAGUCGUCAAGUUCUUAAUGAUUUCUUAUCAUCCGAUGUUAUGCAUGGGGAAGGUAAUCUUCUCGCACAUCUAGUGAUUGUAGGGUAUAAAGUUUCUCAUCAGCAGUCUGCCCUUGUUGAGUUUGACUUCCAAGUAUCAGAUUUAUUUGUGGAUCUUCAAGAUGGGGUGCGUCUCUGUAGAGCUAUUCAACUUUUACAACAUGAACCAUCUAUCCUCAUGAAAAUGAUAGUUCCUUCAGACACCCAUAAAAAGAAUUUGGCAAAUUGUGGUGUUGCCCUGCAAUAUUUAAGACAGACUGGUGUCAUGCUAUGUGAUGAAGAUGGAAUGAAGAUUACAGGAGAUGAUGUUGCUGAUGGAGAUAAGGAACUCACUCUAUCCUUGCUCUGGAAUAUGUUUGUUCAUUUACAGCUGCCACUUCUGAUCGAUAAAACAAUCAUUGCUGAUGAAAUAUCCAAAAUACGUGGCUUUAAUAUGGUAUGCUUCAGACUUUACUUGAGUUCUUGUGAAAAAAGUGGGCUGGUGAGAGAUCGAGGUGGGAAGCAGAAAAGUCUGGAUAAUUGUUUAGUUUUUCUAUUCCAGCAGAAUCAAGAAGUGCAUGAGAACUUGAAUGCAGUCAAUUCUACUCUUUUGGCAAUGCUUUUAAAUUGGAUCCAGGCAAUUUGUGAGAAGUAUGAUCUUAAGAUUGACAGCUUUUCUUCACUGGUUAAUGGAAAAGCCAUAUGGUGCUUGCUUGAUUAUUAUUUCCGCAGAGAACUCUCUUGUUCAUGUUCUAACAAGGAUUCUCAUGAAACAAGAGGUGAAGAAUCAAUAAUGUCUGCUACCGAUUACACAGAUGCAGUUCACAAUUUUGUAUUAUCACAGAAACUGACAGCAUUAUUGGGAAACUUUCCUGAGGUUCUGCAAAUAAGUGACUUACUUGAGCAUAACGGAGCAGUCAGUGAUCAAAGUGUGGUAGUUUUGCUGGUUUUCCUGUUGUCCCAGCUGAUUGUCAAGAAAAAUGUGGAUCAGUUGAAUUUCCAUAAACUAUUGGGUUGCAAUUGCCAAAACUUGGAGAGGAGGCAUUCAUUAACUCGACGGCAGUCGGCAAGUUCUGAAGCUGUUGUGCACAAGAAGGAAAUAGACAGAGAUACCACUGAAGGUUCUUUAUUUAAUGCUGCUAAAAAGUUUAAGGCCAUUCAGGCUUGGUGGCGAGAUAUGAGUGAACGAAACUACAAAAGUGUUGAAAGACCUGCUGCUUCUACUUCAUAUUGUUUCACAGCUCGGAAGACAAGCAUUGACAUUCAAAGAGAAAAUGCUGCAAUUGUCAUACAGUCUCAUUUCAGGCGAUUGAUAGAGCGUCGCAAAUUUCUGAAGAUGAUGAAAGCAAUCUGUUUAAUGCAAACUGUUAUACGUGCAUGGUUGACAGUGAAGAAAUAUUCAGAGCUCAACAAAUUCAGUUUUUCCAGAGUUCAGGAAGUCCCAUCUGAAGAACUCAAGAGACUUGUCGAGUUUAUUGUUGAGAGACACAGUUUUGUCAAUUUAAGACGAUCGGUGUUGCUCAUACAGCAAGCUGCAAGGAUUUGGAUAGCUCAAAGACAUGAUGCGUCUGUUCCUGACCUAGUCAAGGCUGCCAUUGUCAUUCAGAAAUGUGUUCGUGGUUGGAUGGUAAGGUCACAACACAUCCUUGGACCUGCUCAUAUUGAGAAUGCUUCUCUUAUGUGCCGAGAGAUUGGUCUAAGCAAUAGUGAAAUAGAAGCAGCAACCAGGAUUCAGAUUGCAUGGAAGAAGUUUGUCUGCAGAUCUCUACACAAUAAAAAUAGUGCUGCAAUUAAAAUUCAGAGCAAUUACCGGGGUUGGCGGUUAAGAAGGAGUUUUAUGAAGCAGAAGCAAGCAAUAACAAAAAUUCAAAGUAAUUUUCGACGGCUGAAAUGCUGGAGGGCCUUUCAGAUUGCUUGGGAGGAUUUUGUCUAUAGAUCUCUUCAAAAUCAGACAUUUGCUGCAACCAAAAUUCAGAGUCAUUUCCGUGGUUGGCAGUUAAGAAGGAGUUUUUUGAAGCAAAAGCAAACAACAAUAAAAAUUCAAAGUAAUAUUCGACGGCUAAUAUGUUUGAGCUCUUUUCACCAAUAUAAAACUGCAGCCAGAUCAGCAAUCAUCAUUCAGUCUCAUGUGCGGGGAUGGAUGGCUCAGAGAAAAGUUCAGAGAUAUAGGUAUCUUAUUGUUGUGAUCCAAAGGCAUUUCCAUGGUUGGCUAGUAAGGAAGGAGCUUGUGUUGCAAAUGGCAGCUGUAAUAAAGAUCCAAAGAGCAAUACGGUGCCUAAAAUGUCAGAAGGCAUUUCAUUUUCAGAAACAGGCUGCUAUCAAGAUCCAACAGUUUAUCAGGGGGCAAAUUACUCGAAAUAGGCUUUUAGGAGCAUCUUCCUUACAUGCAGCUACUACUGGCUGUUGCAAUAUUAAGAUGUUAGAAGGCUUCUUCCAGAGUUUCGAAUUGACAUUAGUGAUUACUUCAAUUCUGAAACUGCAAAGGUGGUGGAGAGGUGUUCUGUUAUUUAAAUUAAGAACAAAAUCAGCAAUCAUUAUUCAGAGUCAUGUACGGGGGUGGAUUGCUAGGCAAAAGGCUUAUAGAGAGAGGAAACAUAUUGUUGUAAUACAAUCAUAUUGGAAAGGUUAUCUCGCUCGGAAAGAAUCAAUAGGGCAGCUAAUGGAUUUGCGCUUGAGAAUGCUAAAGUCUGCUAUGAAUGUGGAUGAUAGCAGACGUAUUAUUAACAGGCUUUUGUCAGCACUUUCAGAACUACUGAGCAUGAAAAGCAUCAGCGGCAUUCUUCACAUCUGUGAGACUUUGGAUAUGGCUACAGCACAUUCUCUCAAAUGCUGUGAAGAACUUGUUGCUGCGGGUGCAAUUGGCAUUCUACUGAAGCAGAUUGGCUCAGUCAGUCGAAGCAUACCUGAUCAGGAGGUUCUAAAGCAUGCGCUCUCAACACUCCGAAACCUUACCCGCUAUCCACAUUUGACAGAAGUGCUGAUCGACACUCCUGGAUCUAUAGAGAUUAUCUUAUGGGAGUUGCACAGGAACAAGGACGAAGGAUAUUUUAUUGCUUCCGAGAUCUUGAAGAAAAUAUGUUCAAAUCAGAAAGGUGUGAAAGCUGUACACAAGUUUCCUGCUCUUUUGAAGAGACUACACAAUCUUGUUGAAGAACUGACAAGGAAAGCAAACAUGGAAAAAAGGAAUCCCCGUGGCACUGUUGCUCUAAGAGAGAACAUAGAAAGAAGAUUGAGAGAGGCUGUUGAGCUUCUUAAACUAACAACAAAUGGUUAAAUCCAGCAACUGCCAAUCGGUUUUGCAAUGUGAAGAAGUCUUUCACCUGGCUAGUGUUAGUUCUGUACAUUUCCAUAUAGUGUCACUGAUAUGUGUUUGAUGAGUGAGUUCUUUUAACUCUUGGUACAGUUUUGUAAAAUCUAAUAGUGCAUGACCUGUGCCCGGAUGUGUUGCGAAACUGAUACUGAUGUAAUUCUUGUGAAAAUGAAUUCGUCAGAAUUGAGUCAUUACAUAUCUUUAAAAAGUUAAUAAGGCAUUCAGUUUUCAUGUUUUAACUUCUUUUGUAAUAUUUGAUGUAACAUUUUUCUCUAUUCAAUCUGGGGAUGUCUUUAUUUUCGACAA